AUGAAGGUGAGGCAGUUGAGGCUCCAGGAAGAGUCUCAGCUACGUGACACUGGUUCUUGGGGCCUGUAUGCCACACCUUCUCCCUACUGCUUACUGUCCCAGCUGCCUGUUGCCACAGGACUGUUGCAGGGCAGUGAUAGUGGCCUUGGGAGGAUGCUGCUUACAGCUGGUGUGUCUUGCCUGUAUGCCACACCUUCUCCCUACUGCUUGCUGUCCCAGCUGCCUGUUGCCACGGGACUGUUGCCGGGCAGUGAUAGUGGCCUUGGGAGGAUGCUGCUUACAGCUGGUGUGUCUUUCCAGAAUGGCAUCAUCACUGGUGUGUUCCCGGCGAGUCCCUCCAGCUGGUUUAUCGUGGUGGUGGGUGUGAUAUCAUCCAUGCAUGCCAAAGUGGACCCCUCCCUGGGCAUGAUUGCAAAGAUCAAUCGGACCCUGGACACCACUGGCCACAUGUCAAGCCAGACGAAGAACAUCGUGAGUGGCAUCCUCUUUGGCACUGGACUCUGGGUAGCAGUCAUCAUGACCAUGCGCUACUCACUGAAGGUGCUGCUCUCCUACCAUGGCUGGAUGUUCGCAGAGCAUGGCAAAAUGAGCCGAAGCACCAGGAUCUGGAUGGCUAUGGUGAAAGUCUUCUCAGGCCGAAAGCCCAUGCUAUACAGUUUCCAGACAUCUCUGCCGCGCCUGCCUGUCCCAGCCGUCAAAGACACUGUGAGCAGGUACUUGGAAUCUGUCAGGCCACUGAUGAAGGAAGGAGAUUUCCAACGCAUGACAGCGCUGGCCCAGGAUUUUGCUGUCAAUCUCGGACCCAAAUUGCAGUGGUAUUUGAAGCUGAAGUCCUGGUGGGCCACAAAUUAUGUAAGUAUGUCUGCACACGAAUCUUUUCUCAUAGAUCUUCUCACACUGGUUAUUUCAGUGUGGAAGUUACUGUUUGGGUACCAGGGCUCACGGAGUCCUAACUCUAGUUGAGGGCAGCCAUACUCAUCCCUGAGAACUGUGCAAGAGGGCAUGUUGGGGGUGUGAAACCAAGAGGGGGAGUCCAGAUGUAAGGAAUAACUUGCAUGAAGAUAAGCAGUUGAAAAUAACCUAUAUCAAACCAGACACAGUGGUACAGGCCUGUAAUCCCAGCACUUAGAAGGCAGAGGCAGGAGGAUUGUGGGCUCAAGACUAACCAGGACCGCAUAGUAAGACCUUAUCUCAAGAAAAGCUCUUAAACUUUUUUUAAAAAGGUGUUUCUUUUUGUUUAUGUAUACGUGCCUAGGUGAGUUAUUUGUAUUACAUGGAUGUAGGUGCUCACGGAAACUAGAGGGCAGUGGAUCCCCUGGAAAUGGAGUUUUAGGUGGUUACAAGCUGCCCAACAUGGGUUCUGGGAGCCAAAUGUGGGGUCUUCUGCAAGAGCAGAAUGCACUCUUAACUACUGAGCUCUCUCUAGUCUCUCAAACAGAAAAAAAAUUCUAAGGGUGGGGAAGGAAACUCAGUUGAUAGAAUCCUUGCCAGUUGUGUACAAUGCCCUGGGUUCAGUCCCCAGCACUGCAGCUGUGUUGGUCUCACACACAUGUAUUCCCAGGGCUUGGGAAAUAGAGGCAGCAAGAUCAAAGUUCACGGUCGUCUGUGGUUAUAUAGAGUUCAAGGUGAGCCUGGAACGCAUGAGACCUGCUUCAAAAACAAACAAACAAACAAACA